GGCCGGAGCGCGCUGAGCCGCCCGCCGACGCCGCCCGGACGCACCUCGGCUGCUCCUUGACCUCUCCCGGGGUCCGGGCUGGGGAAGCGCGAACUCGGCUUUUCUUCCUUUCAAAGGCCACCUCUGCAAGGACAAGAGGGACCUCUCUAAGGGCGGUCUGCCGUGGCUUUGGAGCAGGCUGCCCCUGGCUCAGGAUGGAGGGGGGACAGACGGAGACAGAGGAAGGAAGGAAAGACAAAGUUACGAGUUUAUGCAAAAUCAGGAGGCGUUCGUUAGAAUGUCUGGGCGCAGAGCGAGGCUCGCGGGGUGAAGGGCCGGCGGGAGCCCGAAGUCGGAGCCCGGGGAAGCUUUGAUAAGCAAAUGCAGCCCCGCGCUCGGGCGCUCUCUAUUGGCUGUUCCUUCACCGCCAGAUUUUGACACAAAUAAUCAGAUUGAAAAUCAAGGAGGGGAACAGAAGAGGGGAAAAAAAAAAAAAAAAAAACCAGAGAGAGUGAGAGAGUUAAAAAAAAAAAAAAAAAGGAGAAGUAUCUCUUUGAGCAGAGAGUCCGAGGUUGACAGAGUGGAACCGAUCCCCGGAGGCUGGGAGGUUCCCACCAAGACCAAGACCACAUCCAGGACCAGACGACAGAGCUGGGGACAGGUGUGGGCGCACACUUACCAUGCCACGCUCCUUCCUGGUAAAGAGCAAGAAAGCUCACACCUACCAUCAGCCCCGCGUCCAGGAAGAUGACCCGGUCUGGCCUCCUGCCCUUAGCCCCGCAGCCAGGGACCAAGUCCUGAGCAAUGAUCCUGUCUUCAGCACCCUGUUCCCAAACCACUGCUUGACCUGGACUGACCUCAAACGCGAGUCAGAGCUGGAGCUGGACCAGAGCAUGACCAGGACGCCCUUGGUGCCAGAGGGCCCUGCUGUAAUGCCCCGAUCCCAGGACAGGGACUCCGACUCACCCCCGUUCUACAAGCCCAGCUUCUCCUGGGAUGCUCUGGCCUCGUCCUACGGCCACAGCUACCGGCAGGCCGCCUCCACCAUGCAGUCUGCCUUCCUCGAGCGCUCCGUCAGCCUGUACGGCAGCCCUUUGGUGCCCAGCACAGAGCCGCCCCUGGACUUCAGCCUCCGCUGCUCCCCGGGCAUGGACACGUACCACUGUAUCAAGUGCAACAAGGUGUUCUCCACUCCACACGGGCUCGAAGUGCACGUCCGCCGCUCCCACAGCGGGACCCGGCCCUUCGCCUGUGACGUCUGUGGCAAAACCUUCGGCCACGCCGUGAGCCUGGAGCAGCACACACACGUCCACUCCCAGGGGAUCCCGGCAGGGCCCGGACCUGGGCCCGGACCUGCGCCCGGCGUGGCAGUCCCGGGUCUCGAGGCCCCGCCCGCGCCUGACCCCCCGGGGCGUCGUUUCCUCCGGCAGGAGCGCAGCUUCGAGUGCCGGAUGUGCGGCAAAGCCUUCAAACGCUCGUCCACCCUGUCCACGCACCUGCUCAUCCACUCGGACACGAGGCCCUACCCCUGCCAGUUCUGCGGCAAGCGCUUCCACCAGAAGUCCGACAUGAAGAAACACACCUACAUCCACACGGGUGAGAAGCCCCACAAGUGCCAGGUGUGCGGGAAGGCCUUCAGCCAGAGCUCCAACCUCAUCACCCACAGCCGCAAGCACACUGGCUUCAAGCCCUUCAGCUGCGAGCUGUGCACCAAGGGUUUCCAGCGCAAGGUGGACCUGCGGCGGCACCGGGAAAGCCAGCACAAUCUCAAGUGAGGCUGCACCUGCCCCAGGCUCUGGCCAGGCUGCCCUGAGGUCCCGUCACCCAGGAGGAGGCCACUCUCCUGCGCCGAGAUCCCCCAUCUCCUGGGCAGCCUGCCCUGGGGUCCCCUGACCCAGAGGGAGGCCAGGCUCCUGUGCCUAGAUCCCGGGUCUCCCGGAAUCAGUGCUGGGCAGGAAUCGUUCAGCUUGGUUUGAGACUCACAGAAUUGCUGUGUGACCUCCAGCAAGCUGCUUUCCCUCUGGACCAAUGUUUUCCUGCUGUAAAAUAUGGGAACUGGGCUGGGUCUUUUUUGAGUUGAGAUUGUUUAGAAGUCUAAGAGCUUGGGCUACUUCCCUCGGGCAGAGCCCAGGAAGCCAGCAUAGCCCCCUGAGAACAAGGAUGUCGAGAAUAGUCCAGAAUAGGAAUCCAAACAGAAAUUCUCCCCCUCUGCCUGCUGCCCACUGUGCUGGAACUUGGUUUUGAGUGGGUCUCUUUCAGGCUGCCAUGGACAGCCAGAGCGGUUUCCUGCCCCAAUGGGAGGCCUCAUUCCCCUCUGCUUCAGCCAGAUGUGCCGGCUGCCCCCCACUUCUGACUGGCAUGCAGCUGGUCCCUAGGGUUCUGGCUCUGCUUUCAGGCCAAGGGGCCGGAGAGACAAGCAGUCAUGCUCUCAGGAAUAAAAAAUAAAAAUAAAGACACAGAUUUAUUUACCCUUGA